AUGGGCGAGUGCAGGUCAAAAGAAGCGUCCGUUACUUGUAAUCGUCGUAAGAAAAGGUGCUCAGAUGGCUUGCCGUGUGAAUAUUGCACCAGGAUCGGAAAACUCCUGGACUGUGAAUAUCGAACAAAGGUACCCUCUAAAACGGUAAGAGUUACUGAAAGAUACUUUAUAAACUUAAAGAGAUAA